AUGACACGCCCCGGACCUGGAAUGAGAGGAUACUCGGACAUUAUGAAUGCCAGUGAUAAAGAGUUACAUGGCAAUGGACAAAGGGUCGACUUGCCCCAUGAGAACAUGGGAGCCCAUACUCUCUGGAAGCAGAAUUCCGAGAGAACAACUCCAAUAUGGCAUCUAAGGGUAACAGUACUCAAGAAUGGCGAUGCUCGGGGCGAUUGUCCAAAUCGUGUCUUUGCAUUCAAAACGUUAGAAGACGUCACUCGUGCUAUCAAUCAAGUUGAAGCUGCUUUUGGAAACACGUUUGAGUUGAAGAAGUGUGGAAUUGAUUCUCCAGAUGCUAUGGGUGGAAGAGUUAAUGAUGGGAGAAGUGAGAAUAUCACGAUUGAAUUCGACUCCAAUGUGACGAGGGAAUCGUGGGCAGAGUUCUUAGCAAGGUUGAAGGGAUUGGAGGAUGAGUGGUCACAUGCAACAGAGGUUUCGAGUCUUUGA